UCUGGUAGCUUGCAAGACUCAUAAAGACCUUCCAAGAAGACCCUCAAGCGUCCGUUCUUAUCAUGUCUGUGGGUACAGGGGCAGUCGGGCUCAAUCUCACAGCGGCGAGUCACGUACACGUCGUUGAACCGCACUGGAAUCCUUCAGUCGAGGCACAGGCCAUCGCUAGGGCAAUUCGCAUGGGCCAGACGAAAAAUGUCAUCGUGACGAGGUACAUCAUGAAAGGAACAGUGGAAGAAAACAUUGUUGCAUUACAGACCAAGAAGCAAACGCUCGCGAAGUUGACAUUCGACACAGGUGAUGGAGUUAACGAGAACCUGGAGGACUUCAAAACCGUGCUAGGUGUUAAACUUGAUUAGUACCACUCGUAUCAGACACGCACACAUCAACCCCGAGGCUGAACAAUUAGGUGUGCGAGUGAGACCUGCACAAUGAUGAGACUAGGGUAUCUUUUAUGACUCCGGACAAACGAC